ACUUGGCUCACGUGUCAGCGCAUCACCCACAUAGGCUUGUCAGUAUGGCCAUGGACAACGAGAUGAAUGUGUUUUCGGCUUAUGUAGUGCCUCGCUGAGGUCUAGCGGUAUCCUGGACCUGCACGACGUGUUGAGGAUGUCCUCAAGGCAACAACGAUUGCAGCGCACAUAGCUGCCUUCACAGGCCCCAAAUCUGACAUUCGUGGUCUAUCUUCACCCGCACUCCAGUGGCAUCAUGAAUUCUCUCCACUAUCCAGAUUCAUUGCAAGAAUAUGCAGUAUCUGAAAAGGUCUAUCUCGAGCAGCACCCCGAAUACAAUUGUCUCGUCACAGGCUCAAUUGUGUUCAACAAAGAAGGCAAGCUGCUGAUCGUGCAGCGUGCAGCGGAGGAAAGAGCGUUCCCUGAUCUCUGGGAGGUCCCAGGGGGCAAAGUCGAUGAUACGGACCAGACAAUUCUGCAUGCUGCUGCUCGAGAGCUCAAAGAAGAAGCUGGUCUGGAAACGACUCGCAUACUGAAGAAAGUCACGCAUUUUACCUUCUUGGACGGGACCACGACAUGGCUCAAGUUGGUGUUUGAGAUGGAAGUGCAGAACGCAGACAGAGUCGUCCUGGACCCAGUCGAGCACCAGAAAUUCCUGUUUGCAUCCGCGGAUGAGGUUGUCAAUGACAAGGUGGGGGAUGUCGAACUCAGGUACAUCAGUCCUGCGAAUAAGGAGGUCAAGCUGGAAGCGUUCAGACAGAAGCGCGAAGGGCGGUGUUCCGCGUAACAGCCAUGGACGUUGGAAGGGUUGAAACGCCUGAUGUAUCUGGGAAAGCUGACUUCUUCACGGGACGACUUCCGAGGCCAUGUUUAAGGUAUUGGCCGGACUUGACAGUACAUUUACUGUCGUGUGAGCGAAGUUAGCCCCUUUAGGCCAGAUUCUGCAUGUGAAUGUAAAUCACAAAGUCGAGUACCCUCACAGAGACGGCGAUCAGUUGCUUCCCAUGCUGUCUCGCCUGUCCACAUAUGAAACUCGUGAUUGUCGCCAAUAGGAGGCGAGCCAUAUGGUCGGAGAAGUGAUC